AUGGCCGAAAACUUAGCAAGCAAAUUAAACAACACCAUGAAAAAAAACAAAAAAUGUUUAUAUGAUAAAGAUGGUGUUAUUGUUGGAGAAUAUGAGGAUUUAGAGCAAUAUGAAGAUUUAGAACAAUAUAAAAAUUUAGAACAAUAUGAUUUUGAGCGAUAUAAUAAGUUAGAAAACUGUGAAGAAUUUAAAGAAUUAGAACAAUAUAAAAAAUUAAAUCAAUGCAAUUUAAUUUAUAAUAUUGAAG